AUGAUUGAUGAUAUGGCGUUGGACUUCAUUGCAAACGUUCUUGGCAUCUUCAUUUUUGUACCGGUUAUAGCGUAUCAUUAUGUGAUGGCUAACCCUAAAUAUGAAGGCAACUGAGGAUAUUUAGUAUUUUGAUGCCAUUUGCAGUAGAGAUGCCAUGUUAGUUUCAUAGAC